GGUCUAGCAUUGGGGAGGAAACUUAUUGCUUGGAGCUGAGGAUAAAAAGGAAUUAAACAGAGAAACAAUCCUUUGAGCAGUCCUCAAGCAUCCGCCCUCCUUCUCCAGCCAUCACCUCCUAACACAAGCAGUAGGACUCCCUCUAGUGUGUCACGUGACUACUCCACCCCUACCAUAAUACCACCACCACUGAACUGAGUGAACUCUAGAGAGACUGAGAGAGAGGAGUAGAAACUGGAUUAAUGGAAGGAGAGAAGGAUGGUCAUGCUGGUGGGGGUGGUGGUGGUGCUAAUGAUGACAUCCAGUUUAUAUCUCCAUCAAACUCUCCUACAGCUACCAAUCCUCCACAGUCAGUAUCAUCACCUUUAGAAUCUCAGUUACCAUUGUUCACUAAGGCAAUGUCAGGUGUGAGUACAAGCGAUUCCUCUGCUGUUGGCAUUAACAGUAGAGACUGGGUUGAGCCCCCAGACUUGGACACUCCCAGUCAAUUCAACUCUGAGAAAGAAAGCAUAGAGGAGCAACUCGAUGAAAGCAACAGCAACAAGACCAGAGAGAAGAAACACGUUAAGUUCAGAGACGAAAAUAUAACGUCACAUUUUGACGACACCAACCUUUGGGUGCACGACCCAAAUGAAAGUGCACAGGACAUGAUCAACGCCUAUCAGAGAGAGUGUAUGGCAAUGAAGAUCAAGCCCACACAGAUAUUAUUAGACCAAUUGAAAGGCGUGUAUAAUCUCAACACUCCCAUAGACACCAUUGAUCUAACUGGUGUCAAACUGGAGAACAGGAUGUGCGAGGUGUUAGAGGCAGUCCUGAGUCGAGUUCACGCCUCCACGCUGAAGUUAGAGAGGACUAACCUUGAAGACGAAGGCAUGAUAGCUAUAUGUGAGAUGGUUGAAUUCUAUGGCUGUGCUUGCAAGCUUCUCUUGGCUCAUAAUAACAGAUUGAGACCAAGGGCUUGGCUCACCAUUGGUAGAACACUAAAGAAAUCUCCAUUUAUUGACACUAUUGAUGUGGGUUAUUGUGCUCUGGACGACCAGACGCUUACUUUACUGUUAAGAGCAGUGAGGGCCAACUGUGGUCUUAGAGUACUCAAAAUGGAGGGCAAUAAUCUAACAGGGAAGGGAACCUUUAUACUUAUGGCUGCCAUGAAGUUUAACGAGAACCUUCAAGAAAUAUAUUUAUCGCGUAAUCAUCUCGGACCGGAGGACGGCCAACACUUAGGGAACAUACUCAGAUCCAAUCACACUCUGAGAGUCCUAGACGUCAGCGACAAUAAUUUACAGGAUUCAGGCAUACGUUACAUCAGUGCUGGCAUUGCUGAGCAGCAGGAAGGACUGUAUACCUUGAACAUCAGCACCAACAACUUAACUGCUGAUGGUAUACACCACAUAUCAGCAAUGCUUCCUUGUACAAGGACUCUUAGAGAUCUCAAUAUCUCUAACAACAGAUUCGGAGACAAUGGGCUAUUUAUGUUAAAGUUAGGCAUACUGGCUAAUCGAUCGGUUGAAAAGCUCGUACUCUCCGGAACAAAAGUCACCUGCGAAGGUGCCAUUGCUUUGGCAGAAGUGUUGGCAGAGAGCAGAUAUUUAGUCCACGUUGAUCUGAGGGAGAAUGAGAUAAGAAUAGCUGGCCUGAUGGCUCUAUGUUUGGCAUUAAGAAUGAACCAUAAGCUAUUGCAUCUUGAGACACCCAAAACAUUUAAAGUGGAACAAAGAGACAGACAGCUCAUAAAGGACCUAUUAGGGGAAAUGGAGAAGUACAGAGCAAGGAAUCACAAAGAGAAGGAGGAGAGAGAAAGAGAGGAAGCAAAAAGGAUCCACGAGGCAUCUCACAACAACCGCUCUGCUGAAGGUGGACCUGAUGCAGUCCUUCCCUCCUCUGGCUCAUCAGCAGGGGAAGACCAUUUAUCGAGGAAACAGGCAGCAGAGGAGGAGGAAGAGGAGAAAGAGGUUGACCCAUCACUCGUGGGAUCACUAGAUAACGUGUACACUGACGAGACUGAGGCAGAAUUAAACAAAGAGGACGAUCCUUUCAAGAAGGUUGCUGUGAGUGGGAUGACAACACCGGCCGAGAUGGAGAAGACAGUGAAUGCACUAGUCAUUUAUAGCAGUGAGACUGAUGACAGAGGAGAAUGUCUAAGCCCUCUACCUGAUGACCAGGAUACAUCCCUUGAAGGUCGAAGAGGUAGUGAUGGGGGAGAGACACAAGAGGGAGUGGAUCUAUUAGGUCCCUCAUCUCCUGCUGCAAGAGAAGAAGAGGAGUCUACAUCCUCGGGGAGUGGGGGUCACCCAGCGGAACUCUUACCUGAUCUGAUUAGUUCACCAGUGGCAGGUGCACUCCCUGAUGUUCAGGUCAAUCACUCUCCAUCUCUUCCUCCAGAUAUAACUCCAUCGGGUACUCUACCUCCUGAUCUAGCUGCAGAGUCCCGUCCAUUAGACUUGCUUAAUCCAGAGGGUGGUAUGCCAUCUUCUGACUCACCACUUGAUCUUACUGAUGGACUAUUAGAUGCAUAAUAGAAGGGAAAGUAUGCCUUUCAUUGCAUUGGCAUUCGAAUAUAUCUUUUGUAUAAUCUUCUCCUUUCUUUUUAUAUCAAUAGAUGAUACCUUCUUUUGUUUGUUGUUUCCAUACAAAAAUUUUGUCAAUUUUUAGACAUAAUAAUAUCUGUGUGUGUGUGCUGUGUGUUUGGUGGAUUGUGUGGUUGUGCUACUAGUAUAAUAUUAUUAUUAUAGAGAAUAUAAAAAAUUAUUAUUAUUAUUAUUAAUUCUACCUCUUUUGUUAUGUAUCAUAAAUUUUCUAUAUUUCUCAAAA